AACAUGUUGGUUGCAUUUUAUAAAGAUUUUUUAUCUAGGAUAUGAUAGCGUAUAGAAAUGGAAAUGAAUAGAUGCUUUACAGAAUAGCCCUAGUUGUGAAGCUAGACUAAUCUGCCAACAUGGUUAGGUUAAAAAACAGAUACCUUAUUUGUGAGAUGCGCUUCAAAACAAAACAGAAUAUAGUCUACAAGAUCACAGAACAGGAUAUACUUUGCUCUGUGAAGGAGUCACUGGUCAAUUUGUAUGGUGACUAUGGAAUGGGAUGCCUUAAAAGGUCUCUCUCUGUGAAAUACCUGAACAACUAUACAAAGGUUUUUGUUAUUCGUGGAAAGAGGGGUCCACAUAAAAUGCUUGAGACUGCCGUCAUGGAUGUUAAAGAAUUUGCAGCAAAACCAUUGAAUAUACAAAUAUUCCAUAUUGGUGGGACCAUCAGAUCAUGCCAAAAAGUCUUGGUCAAGCACAACCGUAAACAACUCAAUGUGCUUUUAGAUAAGACUAAAAAGAAGGAAGAAAGAGAAGAAAUAAAGGAAAUGAUACAAAACUGUUCAAAAGAAGGUCUUAUAAAACAAGACAGGCAUUUUAAGGGAAACCAAGAAUUUGAUACUUGAUCCGUGGAUUACAUUGGGAAUCAAACAGAGAUUAUCCAUGUAUUCACUAAAAUUGUGAUCGUAAUGAGGAUACAACUGUGUCUUGUAUGGAGGAGGGACAGCUAAGAGAGACAGAAUGAGGGUAACAUUGGCUGACCUUGAUUUAGGAAUAAUGCUUUACCUAUAGGCAGCAGUGUAUGACCAUCAUACAGUGCUGCUGCAGGACAAUGGGAUUGUGGGAAACUAUAUGGUCCCUUGGAUGGAAUGGUCCACAAGAAACAUAUGAAAAUAAAAACUUUACCAAGUUUGAUCUUGGUGAUGAGGAUUACAAGUGGAGUGGUUUUAUAUGUUUAAGUUGUUUUUACAUGCCUUCAGAAAGAAUAAAGGUUAAACUACAUCAUGUUAAA